GUGAUAGCUUUCUUUGAUUCACGUUGCAAACAAAAAGCAGAUGCGAAUAAAAACAAAUAAUUCACGUUUAAAGAAAACCCUGCUGGACUGUGAAUCGAUUGCAAAGACAUCGCAACACCACGAUGGCGAAAUCUAAAUGGAAUCUACUGUUCGCCACAUUUGUUUUAUCUUGUGCAUCUCUAACAAGUCUCAUAGUGUCGCUUUGCACUCCUUAUUGGAUUAAUUCGGAGGCAUACGAAAGCAGUGCCUAUAAAAACAGUAUAAUCAACUACGGCCUAUUUACUGGGUCGCUUACUCAGAACUUUCUGCCUAAUCAACGAUACUUCGAUCUAACUAUAAGCUGCCUUUAUGGCGAGUAUGUGUGCGCAUACAGUUGUCAAGAUACAGAGGAUAGCCGAACGGAAGAAGUGCUGCUACUUUUACAAGGUUUACGACCAGUUGAUUGUCCUUUACGAACAUCUAGACAACUUACAGUAGAAAAACCAAGUCAGCCAAUAAUUUCCCAGCAGCGCCAGAAUUCAAGCCCUCAUAAUCGUAGUGACUUCAUCAACACAGGCUUCUGGAUAUCGACAGUUGUGUUUGUUGGUAUCGCCAUUGGAUUUGCCGGAACUGCUGCAAGUUUUUCCAUAAUCAAUGUUUUAUUCAAUCCCGUUGAGCCAAUUUUCAGUGUUUUCGGGCUGUACAUUUGGAACGGAGCGGCUAUUGGAGCAAGCACAUUAUCCUUAAUUUUGUGGGGUUCUUUAUUUGCAAACACACUCAAGGAAAACAUAGCCGUCACCGACACACUCACCGUACAACUCCCGUACAGCUCAAAAGGAUUGGCUUCGUUGGGUGUUUGUUACUGGCUUUUACUUUUGCCGGUUGGUUUACAUGCCAUCAAUGUUGGGCUAUUACUUAUACGUCGAUACGUAAUCAACAGGGAACCACCUCCCACGACGAUAGAUGUAGAUAGUUCGGACUUAACGAUAAUCAUGUACUAA